CCAGCUCUCAGGAAGUUUAACCCAACUUUCCGCUGAGUCUGCGGGGCGCCGGGGGCGGUGUCCAGGCUCGACUUUGAGCCCGGCGGCCGCGCCGAGGCCAGCAGGGAAACAGCAGGCAAUAUGACAGCUGUGAGGUAUGAGCAAGCGACCCAUCCGAGAGAAUCAUCUGGCUCUCCAACAGCUGAAGAGGCCACAGUCAAGAUUGAUAAUGGUUGUGAUGAAGGUAAUGGACCAGACAGCUGUUCCAAUGCAACUAGGAGAAAAAUCGCCCCAUUUGUGAUGUCAUUUGGAUUCAGAGUAUUUGGAGUUGUACUUAUCAUUGUGGACAUUAUAGUUGUGAUUCUGGAUUUGGCUAUCAGUGAGAGAAAGAAGAGUACAGAGAUUCCUGAAGGUGUUUCCCUGGCAAUAGCACUCUUCUUUCUUAUCGAUGUUCUCCUGAGAGUGUUUGUUGAAGGCUUCAGGAACUACUUCCGGUCCAAACUGAAUAUUUUGGAUGCGUGUAUAGUGGUGGGCACCCUGUUAAUUAAUUUGACGUACUUCUUCUUAGACCUUGGUGCAGCAGGGGAGAUACCAAGAAUGGUUAUUUUCCUCCGAAUUCUGAGAAUUGUCAUCUUGAUAAGAAUAUUUCGUCUCGCUUCACAAAAGAAGCAACUGGAAAUGGUGACCAGGAGAAUGGUCUCUGAAAACAAAAGACGUUAUAUGAAAGAUGGCUUUGAUCUGGAUCUCACUUAUAUUACUGAUCGAAUUAUUGCAAUGUCAUUUCCAUCUUCUGGGAAGCAGUCUUUCUACAGGAACCCCAUAAAGGAAGUUGCAAGAUUUUUGGACACCAAACAUCCAGACCACUAUAAAGUCUACAAUCUCUGCAGUGAGAAAGGCUAUGACCCCAAGUACUUUCACUACAGGGUGGAAAGGAUCUUCAUUGAUGACCACAAUGUCCCAGCACUACAGGACAUGCUGAAAUUCACUGCCAGUGUCCGUGAAUGGAUGAGUCAAGAUGAGAAGAACAUUGUAGCAAUUCACUGUAAAGGAGGCAAAGGCAGGACUGGAACAAUGGUCUGUACCUGGCUCAUAGACAGUGACCAGUUUGAGAGCGCAAAGGAAAGUUUGGACUACUUUGGGGAGAGAAGAACUGAUAGAAGCACAAGUACUAAGUUUCAAGGAGUUGAAACUCCCUCACAGAGUAGGUAUGUUGGGUAUUAUGAGAUCCUGAAAAACAAGUAUAGCUUGAAACUCCCACCAGAGAGACAACUCAAAAUAAAAAACCUCAAAAUCCACACUAUGCAUGGAGUUGGGAAAGGCAAUGGAACUGAUAUGAAGGUGCAGAUAAUAACAAGGAAACAAGUUGUACUACAAUGUGUAUGUGCCAAUCAAAAAAACUGUAGGCUCUUCUUUGAUUCUGAAAGUGACUCUGUUGUGAUUGGCUUGGAAGACUGCCCUGUUUUAAGUGGUGAUGUGAAAAUCAGAUUUGAAUGCAAUUCUGCUCUCCCAAAAGGCUAUGAUGACUGCCCAUUCUUUUUCUGGUUCAACACUUCCUUUAUUGAAAAUAACAGACUCUACCUUCCCAGGAAUGAGCUGGAUAACCCUCACAAGUCUAAAACAUGGAAAAUCUAUAGUGAGACAUUUGGUGUGGAAGUGAACUUUAUUGAUCCAUAA